AUGGCCACCAAAAACAAAACUUAUCAGCAACCUACUGCCACCACCAUCGAAGUGGAAGCUUCUGUGUUGUUGUCUUUGGUUAGACACACAUCAGAACACUACCCAGCCUUGUACUCGGGAGCUCUUCUCGGAUUUGAAGACGAAGAAGGUGGUGUUGACAUCACCCACGCCUUCCCAUACCCUUACCCAGAUCAGUAUGAGGGUGGAUCUCUUAGAUCCAAGAGUGGAUCCAAGUAUCAACAGGAUAUCUUAGACUCGUUGAGAAACCUUGGCUACGGUAUCGAUUUCCAAGGUUGGUUCCAAUCCACUAUCAGUGGUAACUUUGUAACCACUCAAUUGGUUGACGCUUUAGUGCAACAGCAAUUGACCAACAAGAACGCUUUCGUCUUGGUUCACAACAUGGCCUCCAUCGGUAAGGAAUUGGACUUGAAGGCAUUGAGAUUGAGUGAAAACUUUGUCAACACAUACAUAAGCGGCAAGUGGAGAUCCAAGAACUUAGAGCUCAACAGAUUGUCGUACCUUAACUUGUUUGACGAGUUGGAAAUCAAGAUCCACAACCAACAGUUGAUCAACUUAUACUUGGCAGGAAACGAAGACACCCUUGCCAAGCCAAUGGAAAAGGAAUUUGAUAUCUUGAACUUGUCCUCCAACCAAAACGUCACUGCCCAGUUAUUAGAGUCCUUGUACAGUCAGGUUGAUUCUUACAACUACGACCAGAACAACUUCAACUACUACCAAAGACAAUUACAGAAGGAAAACAGCAAGAUCACCCAAUGGAAGCAACAGAGAAAGGUGGACAACAUUGAAAGAGCCAAGAAGGGUGAAAGUGAAUUGGAUACCACCGAGUGGGAGACCAUUUUCAAGUUGCCAGCCGAGCCAUCCAGAUACAAUAACAUGUUACAUUCUCACAGCAUUGACGUAUUAGCUGACGAUAUUUUAAAGAAGUGUGACGAGGAGUUGACCAAGAGUUUCGCCAUCGAGAGAAAGCUUGUUGCAGAGUAA